CGGGGGAAAGCCCGAAGCUCCCGUUGCUCCAUAGUCGUAUAUCUAUCCUUUCCCUCGCCCCCGUCUCUUCCCCCCUUUACCCCGGAUUGUGUUCUUUAUUAGUACCCUUUCCCUUUUGUCCCUAACUGUUCUUCCACCCGUCCCUGUCCUCGGCCUAUAUUUGUCAAUUGCGCCAGGCUUUGUACUAUCAUUCCUUGAUAUUCUCCUAUAUUGCACAAUAUGUCGAAGACUUUUUCGAAAGACGACGUCGUGUCGCAUAGCAAACCAGAUAAUCUCUGGGUUGUGAUCGACGAGGAUGUCUACGAUCUGACAAGCUUCCAGGAUGAACAUCCCGGUGGUAAAAAGAUUCUCCAGCGAGUCGCCGGGAAAGACGCAUCGAAACAAUUCUGGAAGUAUCACAACGAGGGUAUUCUUAAGAAGUACAAGACCAAGCUGCAAGUCGGCUCGUUGGAUAGCAAGAAGGCUGCCGCCGCUUCGGAGCCGGCGCCGGCGAAGGAGGCCCCUAAGCCUCAAGCAGCGCCCGUCGUCGAUGUUUCUUCUGCUAAGUCAUCGGACCCUCAGGAGCCCUAUGGCGACCUAAUCCCCUUUGCGGAUCCUUCCUGGUACCAGGGUCAACAUUCUCCCUACUUCAAUCAGACCCAUGCCGCCCUGCGCGCAGAAGUGCGGCAAUGGGUUGAGUCUGAGAUCGAACCCUACGUGACCGAGUGGGAUGAAGGCAAGAAGGUGCCGGACGAGAUUUACAAGCAGAUGGGAGAGAAAGGAUAUUUGGCGGGUCUGUUGGGUGUUAAGUAUCCUGUCAACCACACUCCCCACCGGGUUCAAUCGGUGGCCCCCGAGAAUUGGGAUCUCUUCCACGAGAUGCUCCUUACCGACGAGCUGUCUCGGGCUGGUAGCGGUGGUCUGGUCUGGAACUUGAUCGGUGGUUUCGGAAUCGGUGGUCCGCCACUGGUCAAGUUCGGUAAGAAGCCUCUCGUCGAUCGCAUCCUGCCCGGCAUCCUGUCUGGCGACAAGCGCAUUUGUCUGGCCAUCACCGAACCGGAUGCCGGAAGUGAUGUGGCCAACCUCACGUGCGAAGCCAAGCUGAGCCCUGAUGGCAAGCACUACAUUGUCAACGGUGAGAAGAAGUGGAUCACCAACGGUGUCUGGUCGGACUAUUUCACCACCGCUGUUCGGACCGGCGGGCCCGGCAUGAACGGCAUCAGCGUCCUUCUCAUCGAGAGAGAGGCCGGUGGCGUGAGCACGAGGCGCAUGGACUGCCAGGGUGUCUGGAGUAGUGGAACCACCUAUGUCACGUUCGAGGACGUCAAGGUGCCUGUGGAGAACCUUAUCGGAAAGGAAAACCAGGGUUUCAAGGUCAUUAUGACCAACUUCAACCAUGAGCGUAUUGGAAUUGUCAUCCAGUGUGUCCGGUUCGCUCGUGUGUGCUACGAGGAAUCAGUCAAAUAUGCACACAAGCGUAGGACCUUCGGCAAGCGUCUCAUCGACCACCCGGUCAUCCGUAUGAAGCUGGCCCACAUGGCCCGCCAGAUCGAAGCUACAUACAACUGGUUGGAGAACACCAUCUACCAAUGUCAAUGCAUGGAUGAGACCGAGGCCAUGCUCAAGCUCGGUGGUGCGAUUGCCGGCCUCAAGGCCCAGUCCACCGCUACGUUCGAGUUCUGUGCGCGCGAGGCCAGUCAGAUCUUCGGUGGCCUAAGUUACAGCCGGGGUGGACAGGGUGGCAAGGUGGAGCGACUGUACCGUGAUGUCCGAGCCUACGCAAUCCCCGGAGGAAGCGAGGAGAUCAUGCUGGACCUGAGUAUGCGCCAGAGUUUGCGUGUGCACAAGAUGUUCGGCAUGAAGCUGUAAAUAUUGAUAUCCACCAUUUUGCUUUUGGGUUUCUUCCCCUUUCUAUGUGACUAUGAUUUUGGGGUGUAUAGAGCUUGCGACCAGGAUUGCAAUACUCCGGACCUUUUUCUUUAUCGGAGUAUGGCGGUGUAUCAUAUCUUGAGAUUUCUUCCAUCUAUUCCAUUUAAAUUGUCUGGAUUUCAGGAAUCAAACUUUUGC